CCCCCUCUUGGAACGUCUGCCAUUCCAUUACAUUCUCCUUCUGCGCAAGUUCACCAGGUUCGUCUUCCUCUUUCUGCCGUGGCAACUGGAGCUUUUAUUCUAAUCGUUUACCGAAGUUGAACAACAAUCAAGAUGGGAAAAGAGAAGAUUCAUAUCAACAUUGUCGUCAUCGGUCACGUAGACUCUGGAAAGUCAACCACCACUGGACAUUUGAUCUACAAAUGUGGUGGUAUUGACAAGCGUACCAUCGAGAAGUUUGAGAAAGAAGCCCAGGAAAUGGGCAAAGGUUCCUUCAAGUAUGCGUGGGUGUUGGACAAGCUAAAAGCUGAGCGUGAACGUGGUAUCACUAUCGAUAUUGCUCUUUGGAAAUUUGAAACUGCCAAGUACUAUGUCACCAUCAUUGAUGCUCCCGGACACAGAGAUUUCAUCAAGAACAUGAUCACAGGAACUUCUCAGGCUGAUUGUGCUGUACUGAUUGUGGCUGCUGGUACUGGUGAGUUUGAGGCUGGCAUUUCCAAGAACGGUCAGACUCGUGAACAUGCUCUUCUUGCUUUUACUUUGGGUGUGAAACAACUGAUUGUCGGAGUUAACAAGAUGGAUUCCACUGAACCCGCUUACAGUGAAAGCCGAUUUGAGGAAAUCAAGAAAGAAGUUAGUAACUACAUCAAGAAGAUCGGUUACAACCCAGCAGCCGUUGCUUUCGUGCCCAUUUCUGGAUGGCACGGAGACAAUAUGCUGGAGCCCUCUGACAAGAUGCCAUGGUUCAAGGGGUGGGCCAUCGAGCGUAAGGAAGGCAAGGCUGAGGGCAAGUGCUUGAUUGAAGCAUUAGAUGCCAUUCUUCCACCAUCAAGACCUACUGAGAAGCCCCUCAGGCUGCCCCUUCAGGAUGUAUACAAGAUCGGUGGUAUUGGAACAGUGCCAGUCGGCCGAGUGGAAACUGGAGUGCUCAAACCUGGUAUGGUGGUCACUUUUGCCCCUGCCAAUCUGACUACUGAAGUCAAGUCUGUUGAAAUGCACCAUGAAGCUCUCCAGGAGGCUGUCCCUGGAGAUAAUGUGGGUUUCAACGUUAAGAACGUUUCCGUCAAGGAGUUGAGGCGAGGUUUUGUUGCUGGAGACUCCAAGUCUAACCCGCCCAAGGCUGCCGCUGACUUCACUGCACAGGUUAUUGUUCUGAACCAUCCUGGUCAAAUUUCCAACGGAUAUACUCCUGUCCUCGAUUGUCACACUGCUCACAUCGCAUGCAAAUUCGCAGAGAUCAAAGAAAAGUGCGACCGUCGUACUGGCAAGACAACUGAAGAUAAUCCGAAAUCCAUCAAGUCGGGUGAUGCCGCUAUCAUCACUCUGGUUCCUUCCAAACCCAUGUGUGUUGAGAGUUUCCAGGAGUUCCCACCUCUGGGACGUUUUGCUGUACGUGACAUGAGGCAAACUGUGGCUGUCGGUGUCAUCAAGAGCGUGAAUCAUAAGGAUCUCACAUCAGGUAAAGUCACGAAGGCUGCAGAGAAGGCCCAGAAGAAGAAAUAACUAGCUGUGAACCACAACGUUCCCUUUCGCUUCUUUGUCGGCUGUCUGCUUGGCUGGCACAGGCAGCCAUGUUUCCAUCGUAAAGAAUUCCGAAGGAAAGGCAUGUUUGGUCUUUCUAAAUUUGUUUUAUAAUUUUUAUUAUUUUUUGUAAAACUCAAAGACUGAGUUAUUUAAUUUUUGAGUUGUAACGAGGUAAUUACAGUUUUCUUUUUAACUUUUAACCUUAAGGACGAAUUAAUUGUUUUGGUAUUCAGAAUAGCUGGGCUUGAAUUGUAUAGAUAUUACCCUAGUUAUUUUGAAACCUUUUAAAAUAUACUUUACCUUAUGAACUGUUAUUAUUUUCGAUUGUGGUGACGAUUACAAGAAAACCCGAAUAAAGAAGCUUCAUGACAUGGAGAA